UCUCACUCUAUAAAAAAGGCUGCAUUCUUGGCAGAAGCAAGCAGGAGUGGGGAACCAGGACAACCACCAGAACCUCUGAGAAGCCCAGGUACCAAGACAGAAGAUGUUUCACAUUGGGGGCCUCAUUGUUCUCUGUGGGCUGCUGGCCCAGGCCACGGCCCAGGACCAGACCAUGCCCUCUACUCCAACAGCCGAGGACGAGAAUCCCAAAGGUCUUCUUGGAAGCUUGAAGGGUGCUCUCAGCAAUGGCCUGGUCUCUGAGAAUGUAUUGAGCUCUAUCAAAGAACUUCCGCUCGUGAACAUCCUGAAGAAUCAAACAGGCCUGCUUGGGAAACUGCCUUCUCUCCUGAACAUCUUUGAUUUAGAAAUCACUGAUGCCCGGCUGAUGGAAUUGGGCCUCGUGCAGAGCCCUGACGGCCAUCGUCUGUAUGCCUCCUUCCCUCUGGACCUGCUCUUCAUUAUGAAACUGCCCCUGAUCGGAAAUAUAAUUGAAGUGAAUGUGGAUCUAAACAUCACUGGAGAAAUCCUGGCUGAAAGAAAUGAAGCGGGGAAUAUCCACCUGGUCGUUGGCGACUGCAGUCACUCCCCUAGCACCAUAAAAGUCACCCUGCUCAAUGGAAAAGCCCUCCGCCUCGUUCAAGCCUUUAUAAACACCUUGACCGGUGUCUUUACUAACGUCCUUCCUGCGCUGGUGCAGAGCCAGGUGUGCCCUCUGAUCAAUACGGCGCUUAGCCACUUGGACGUCACCGUGGCGCAUGACAUUGCCAAUCGUCUGAUCCAAGGGCUGGACUUUGUCAUCACGGUCUAAGCCUUCCAGGAAGGGACCUGUCCUCUGCUGAGUUGAACCGUUUCCUGCUGCUCAAUCCACCCCCUUCCCAGCUUCUGAGGACUCCCAGAAGGCUGCCCAUGUUCUGGACAGUGACACAGCCAUUAUUUGGGGACUAGAGCAGCCUUCUCUCCAAGGAAACUGCUCCCCCUCCUUUCCCACCAGGCAUGUAUUACGCUCUGUGUUCCUCACCAAAUAAAAUUGCUCUUUCUCUGCA